CAUGGCUUUUGUGUCUGUGCUGGAAAACCACAGGAUAAACUAUAAAAUUAAAUGCAUUCCUGCACACAGAGUAUGCAAACCCUUCCGCUGCUAUUGCCUCUCACCUUACAUUUACUUUAUGGGAUGAACAGACCUGACACGGGGAGACAGAAAUGCUGAAGCAGAUGAAUGAGUGCUCAGAGGGACAGCCUGAGACAACCUCAUCAGAUUGCUGAUUUGUGACCAGAGCAGGCUAAUUAUCUGUCAGCUGAACAGCUUCUGACAACAGUGCUGAUACACAGGAGUUGGACUGAUUGAUGGACUGGCUGUUUAUCCACCAUUUUAGAGUAGCACUGCUGGGUCUGGUGGCAUAGGAAUAGCCCAGUCAUCAUAAAAAGAUUAUUCACAAGGAUGGCUGGAUGACAGGUAGCUGGUGUGGAGCAGGGAGAGGGACUGUCAGCCAUGGAGCGUGUCAUGGGAGGAGGAUUGCUGCCACUGGCUUUAGCAAGUGUAGGGGUCUUGCUGCUGUACCGGAUACUUGCCCGACUCAGAGCGGGAACCAGUCUGCAGGACACCGUGGUUGUCAUCACUGGAGCCAGCUCUGGACUCGGGAAAGAGUGUGCACGGGUCUUCCACGCUGCAGGGGCACGGCUCGUGCUGUGUGGACGAGAUGCAACCCGCCUGCAGCAGGUUGUUCAGGAGCUUACAGCAAGUUCAACAGACACACAGCGGCAGACUCACACUCCCAGCACCGUUACCUUCGACCUGGCAGACACAGACUCAGUGGAAAGAGCUUCAGAGGAGAUCCUGAGGUGUUAUGGACAAGUGGACGUCCUCAUCAAUAAUGCAGGAAUCAGUUACCGCGGCAACAUACUGGAUACCCACAUUUCGGUCCAGAGGGACGUUAUGGAAACAAAUUACUUUGGGCCUGUUGCUCUCACUCAAGCUCUCUUGCCCUCCAUGGUUCGCCGACGCAGCGGCCACAUCGUCGUCAUUAGCAGUGUCCAGGGCAAGAUAGCCAUUCCUUACAGAUCAGCUUACGCAGCCUCUAAGCACGCCACCCAGGCCUACUUCGACUGCUUACGGGCAGAGGCGGAUUGUUAUGGGAUUCCAGUGUCCGUGAUCAGUCCUGGGUACAUCCGAACCAACCUGUCGGUCAACGCUGUCACAGGUGACGGCUCCAAGUAUGGAGUUUUGGACAAGACCACAGCAAUGGGCCGGGACCCCACUGAUGUGGCUCAGGCCAUUCUGAGGGCAGUCCGUAAGAAGAGCAAAGAUGUCGUUCUGGCAGGACCUCUACCCACUCUGGCCAUCUACCUCCGCACACUGUGGCCCGCACUCUUUUUCAAGCUCAUGGCCUCUCGCGCCCGCAAGGAGCGGAAACCUAAAGACGAGUGAGGACCGGCAGCUCACGGGGGUGUCAUUGGCAAACAGAUCAAAACAUGAAACUGACUGCUUCACACGGAGGCUGAAUGGACACGAGAUGUGAAUACAUGCAGCGCUUCAGUAACACUUUUUACUGGCUUACUGGCUUUUUUUGUUGUGCUGCUAGUCUAGCUUGUGUGAAAUAAACCAGAAACUUGUAAAUACA